UGUUUGUCUAUCCAUAACCAGAGUUGUAUAAUGUAAAAAUUUCCAAGCCAGGGACUUCCAUUUUGCACCCAUUUCGCGCUUCUUCUCCUCUUCUCUUUCAGUGUUUUUUGGCCUUUGUUUUUGAGUGGAAUGGAUUUAACGGAAACAGGUUUUCUUAGAAUCACCGGCGAGUCUACCGAAGCCCAACGAGAAGAAGAAGAAAGAAGCAAGUUAUUUUUACAGCUAAAACCCUACUGUUUAGAGCUUCUAGAACUUUCUCAAAACCCUAAAAAUCAUUCCUCCGCCAUUCCCGCAUUGCUCCGAUUGCUUCGCUCUUCUCCGCCCGGUUCUCUCCAGCCCUUCUUCGACUAUACUUUGUUUCCGUUGCUGCUUUUGCUGGAUGCAGCAGUUAAUUGCAGAAGCUCAUCGAAGAAAGUUGAAAGUAAUAAUACUUAUAUAAGAGUGAGUGAUAAAGUAGCAGAAGGAGUGGUGGAGUGUUUGGAAGAGCUCUGUAAGAAAUGCCAUCCGGGUUCUGUUGAUCAGAUGGUCAUGAUUCUGAAAAAAUUGACUUAUGCUGCUUUGCUUUCUCCAUCUGAGGCUUCAGAAGAGUUCCGUGAAGGAGUGAUCAAGUGUUUCAGAGCUCUGCUUCUGAGUUUACAUCCCUGUUCUAAUCAGUCCUGCUUGUGCAAACAAAGUCUUGAUUUACCCAUGCUCUUAGAAACUAGAGACUUGCAGACUCCAACUGGAACUUUGAAGCAUGGCUUGGAACAAGGAGAAUGCUUACUUGCAUUUUUGCAGUCAGAAGCAGCUUCGCCUGCUGUAGGACACUGGCUAUCGCUUCUGCUCAAAGCUGCAGACACCGAGGUUACACGAGGACAUCGGGGCAGUGCAAAUCUGCGUAUUGAAGCUUUUUUGACCCUACGUGUUCUUGUUGCUAAGGUUGGUACUGCCGAUGCAUUGGCUUUCUUCUUACCUGGUGUUGUUAGCCAGUUUUCCAAAGUAUUACAUCUCUCAAAAACAAUAAUCAGUGGGGCUGCUGGAAGUGUAGAAGCUAUUGACCAAGCAAUUAGGGCCUUGGCGGAGUACCUUAUGAUAGUCCUCCAAGAUGAUGCCAAUUUAUCUGGCCUUGGUAUGUACAUAGAUACUUCUGUUGGCCAUAACUCAAGUAACUGCAAAUCUACAGCUUCAUUCUUGGAGGAGCUCCGUCAAUUGCCAUCGAAAGCGCAGAGCAAAACUUUGAUGGAAAAUAUAAAUGGAGAAGCAGCCAAUAUUGUUAGUCUGAAGACUGAAUCUGGAGAAAAAGGUAGCCCUGAUCUUGGCAAGGGAAUGGGAUCUUUGUAUGUGGAUCGUACAAAAGAGUGGAUUGAGAAAACAUCUGAGCAUGUGACCAAACUAUUACGUGCAAUAUUUCCUUAUAUAUGUGUUCAUCAAGCAAAAAAGGUGAGACAUGGGCUUCUUUCUGCCAUUCAAGGACUGCUAUUGAAGUGCAAUUUCACGCUAGAAAAGAGCAAAGUGAUGUUUUUGGUAGGUUCAAUUCUAUGAAUUUCAUGCAUCUGGGCUGUGAAGACUCAGCUUGAUUUAGUUAAUUGGUAUGUGAUGCCUUGGUGUGCACAAGAUAUGGA